UCAGAAGCCAAACCCCAAGUAGGCAAACCAAGCAAGAGAAUAGAAGAGCGGGGAAGAGAAGAAGAUUGAGAGAGAGAGAGAGAUCACCAUGGCAGAUGAUCAGUUCCAGUCAGGGAUAUGCAGUGGUGGGAGCUGGUGGAACCUUGCAAGAAGUGCUGGCUUGGACGGCCCGGCCUCAGUCUCGUGUUCGACUGCGAUCACCGACAUGGGCGGUGGGGGCUUCAGCUGGGCAACUGCCGAGCUGGCCGAACCCAAGGCCCGAUCCGGUGAAGAGUCGGCCGGCUCAGUCUCCGGCAGCUCUGUCAGUUUCCAAGACACCCCCAAUCUCCCACCCUCCGACGUCGGCCCUUCCGUGAUCGAUUCUACCUUGCAAAUGCCCAGUUUCAGCCUCUCAACUCCGCCGAUCGAUUGGACCCAAGCCCUACUUAGGAGUAGUGGAAGAGCUGAGACCAGUUUCCAUGCCAUGCUCCAAGAGGAUCUAAGCUCAAGGUCUUAUUUCCGGCAAGACCCAUCGAUCGAAUCCAAUCAAGUCCAUGCAGUUACAGAAGAUUCCUCGACAAACUUAUUCAAGGACAUGAAUCCAUCUUUCUUAUUAGAUCAGCAACAUCUUAGCUCCGGUGAUGAGUCCAGUGUUGCCGGUGUUUGUAGCUACCCCCUUGUUCCGGCGCCCUCCUAUGGAUGUUCUUCUAUGAUGCUACAAGGCCUGCUCGAGCCUGAUGCCAGAUCGCAGCAGUCCAUUUACGACAACCGUUUGGUGAAUUACCAAUCUCCGAUGAUGACAUACUGUGGCAGCUCCGCCGAGUCGUUGCAACAAUCAUGGCCUAAAUUCCCUCAGUUCCUAAGGUCUUCGCCUCCAAAGCAGCAGCAGCAGCAGCCUGGUAAUCAGCUGCAGUUCUCCAACAACACUCCCUUUUGGAACGCCUCCGCUGCCUCCAUGAGUGAAGUGAGAACGGGGUUUUGCCACCCGAUGCCUUCCCAAUAUGUCUCACAGGCUUUCGAGCAGAAGCCCACCUGCAGUAACCUCGCCACAAAGUCAAUAUCGGAGGGAGUUCGAGAUUCCAGUUCCUCUGCGUCGAAGAAAAGCGGCAGUAAUGAGUCCUCAUUCAAAAAGCCUAAAAUCGAGACUCCGUCGCCAUUACCGACCUUUAAGGUCAGGAAAGAGAAAUUAGGGGACAGAAUCACUGCACUCCAGCAGCUUGUUUCACCUUUUGGAAAGACCGACACCGCAUCGGUUCUCCACGAGGCCAUCGAGUACAUUAAGUUCCUUCAUGAUCAAGUGGGUGUAUUAAGCAGUCCAUACUUAAAGAAUGGGAAUCCCAUGCAACACCAGCAGGGCUCGGACAAGUCACAGGAUGGGGAGGGACCGAAGCAAGACCUUAGAAGCCGAGGGCUGUGCCUGGUACCAAUCUCAAGCACUUACCCAGUGGCCAGUGAGACACCGGCUGACUUCUGGCAUCCUUCUUUUGGAGGAACCUUCAGAUAGAGAGAAGCUAGGGUUUUGAGGAAGGACGAAAACCACUCUAUUAGCAGAAUGCUGUCGAUCGAAAGCAAGGUAGGGAAUGGUAGAUUAGGAGAAAAGGGAAAAGAAAACACAAGUCAUUUAGUAGUCUGGGAGAAAAGCAAAAUCCCAGUAAAGGCAAAGAGAAGCAAAGGGAAAGGAAGUGACCCUUCAAAGACAGGCUAAGUUGGGACAGCUACAUGGUGAAUGAUGUGAGGCUGGCCACGGAGUAGAGGACUUUGGAGGGACUAAUCAUAAGAGUACUGUAUUAAGAGGAGUUCAGGCCUAGGGAAUGGGAACAGGUGCUAAAUUCGGCAUGUUUUUAUGAAUUAGUUUAGGUGGGGAAUUCAUGUUAGUUGCUGAAUUUAGCAGAAGGUCAUGGGGAGGAAGGUGAAGAAGGGAAAGGAAGGUGGGUCUUGUUCCUGUUUCAUGCGUGUGCGAGGCCUGGCACCACCUCUUCUUUUCAUUUUUUUCUUCUCGGAAGAAAAUCAAUAAUAAUAAGGAAUAAUUGAGUUCAAGGA